AUGUCCAACCAUCGAGGUUUUAUGCUGGAUUCUAGCGUAGUAAAGAAGAUUAAGGCCUGUGACACACAGAAAUGUUGGGAGGUUGUUAGAGAUGAUCUUGCAGCUGAAGUUCUGGGUGAACAUAUGAUACCAAUACCAUUUUUAUCAGAAGCGGAUCGUUAUGAUUUGAAUGGUGUCAUUAUGGUUAAAAGAAAAAACGUGUUGCAGAAACUAUGCCGAAUGAAGAAUAAGGCAGUACCUGUUGAUGUCUUACAAGAAAUGAUUCGAUCAGAUGUGUCCAUUGAUGAAAGUUUCAAGCUAACCCAUCCAGUUAAAAUUAACACCCCAUUUAGUCGUGUAACAGCGUUAUUCGGCACCCAUAACAGGAAAGCUUUCGCUAUUCAUAUUACAGGGUUAUCUCAGUAUCAGCUUCAUCAUCUACCUCAAGACAUUAUGGUUGACGUCACACCUUAUUUUCAAUGCGUAGUCACUUGGAUUCAAUAUAAAUGUACUCGUUAUUUUGAUGACUUCCAUACGAAAGAAAUUUAUAUUAUUACCAAAGUAAUAUAUGCUGAAGAUUUUAGAUUGAGGGUAAUAGUGGGCAAUAAUUUCAAAGAUUUUCGACCCAGAUAUAGAAUUCCAAUAGGCUUCCAACUCACUAAAUUCAAAAUUUUGUACAGAGCGUUAAUUGGAGACCACCAACCAGUUGAAGAAAAAAUACAUUUUAGAUGGGUGAAGUUUGCAAAGACCAUAUUACCAACGACAAUCCUUGUCGACAGAGAAAAUAGUAAGUGA